AUGAUAAAAGGACAAAAAAAUGUGAAGCGUGGAGGGCUGGCGGCCGUGCCAUCGGAAGACAGCUUGCCAAAGAGGGCAAUUGCAAGACACGAAGUUCGAGAAAUUGAACAACGUCACUCAAUGGAUGGCACUCGACAAGAUGGAGAUGUAGAUGAUGAUAUAACCAUUAUCUACAACCGUGUCCCCAAAACUGCCAGCACCUCAUUUACUAACAUUGCCUAUGAUCUUUGUGCGAAAAACAAGUACAGUGUUCUUCAUAUCAACACAACCAAAAAUAAUCCUGUUCUAUCCUUACAGGAUCAGGUUCGAUUUGUGAAGAAUGUUACUUCUUGGAAAGAAAGAAAACCUGGAUUCUACCAUGGACAUGUUGCAUAUCUUGACUUCUCAAAGUUUGGAGUUAGAAGAAAACCAAUCUAUAUAAAUGUGAUAAGAGAUCCAAUAGAAAGGCUAGUUUCCUAUUAUUACUUUCUACGGUUUGGAGAUGAUUACAGACCAGGUCUGCGAAGAAGAAAACAGGGAGAUAAAAAGACCUUUGAUGAAUGUGUUGCAGUCAGCGGAUCUGACUGUGCUCCAGAGAAACUUUGGCUCCAGAUACCUUUCUUUUGUGGCCACAGUUCUGACUGCUGGAAUGUGGGAAGCAGAUGGGCUCUGGAACAAGCCAAAUACAAUCUGAUUAAUGAAUACUUACUCGUGGGAGUCACAGAAGAGCUUGAGGACUUCGUCAUGCUGCUAGAAGCUGCCUUACCUCGUUUUUUCAGGGGUGCUACAGAACUUUAUCGCACAGGGAAGAAGUCUCAUUUGAGAAAGACAACAGAGAAGAAACCUCCAACAAAAGAAACCAUUUCAAGACUUCAGCAGUCUGAAAUAUGGAAAAUGGAGAAUGAGUUUUAUGAAUUUGCUUUAGAGCAGUUUCAGUUUGUAAGAGCACAUGCAGUACGAGAAAAGGAUGGAGAACUAUACAUCCUUGCACAGAACUUUUUCUAUGAAAAAAUAUAUCCUAAAAUGAACUAAGUAACACUCAAGAGUUAUAAACAUUGAUCAUUUGUUUGGUAUGCAAGCAUUUGCAGCCCCCGUGAAUGGAAUGCAAUACAGACCUGUGGGGUUACCCUGUAAUCGUGAACAUUGUGGGAUACAGUUUACAUCAAUACAUUAGAGCGAAUUUUUUUUCAUAACACAAAGUUGGUACCACUCUGUCUAAGGCUUUGGAAUGUUUCAACUAUGAAACCUAACGCAGGAGUAUAUACAUCUAGCAUGAAGGACCACAAAUGUUUGUUUACAGAAAGCAUCUACAGAACAAACUUAACAUUUGCUGUACAUCAGAAGCAUCUGAUAUGUUGUCCUGCUGGAUUCUCCUCUUUUUUAAGUUCUUGAUUUAAGGUAUAAAUAAUAGAAAAAAAAACUUAACUGAAGAAAGAUUCCAUUAUUCUAAGCCUGUGGAUUGCAUUGAACUGCCAUGAUAAAUAUGAAAAUAGUAUUAAUCAGUUAACAUAUCUGCUGUUGUUUAAUAAAUGAAUAUGCUAAGUUGAAGGUUCAACAGGUUUUUUUCCAACAAAAUUUAAACUAUUGAUUUCAUCCAGUCUGUUUACAUAAUGAACGUUAAAAUGUUUGUUCAGCAUGAUGAAUUCUAAUUUAGCUGAAGUUGCAGUAGCAUCUUGUGGCAGUUUAAUCUCUAUAAAAAUCAGGAACAGAAGCUUUGGGAAAAUCCUGAAUAUAUUCACUGAAUAUACUCUGGAGAAAUGAGCCAUCUGACUAGUAUGACUAUGUGUUUCAAACCUUUUUUGCUACAGGAUUAGGCUAAAGCAAAAAGCCAGUAGGACAGAACACUUAAAUUCUUCUGUACUCUCUAUUUUACUCAGAACAGUCAUUUAUGAACACGUUCCGUAUUACAUAUGAGCUGUGGUAGGGGGUUUACUGCAUCUUGUAUACUUUUAUCUGUAGAAAUAUUUUUACUAGAGUGCUUUAUAUUGUGUUUUAAAAUAAACCAGUUUUAAACAGAAGAAAAUCAAA